AUGUCGUCCGAGAACCUUCAAGAUGCCCCUACGGGUGAAUUCCAAGACGACUCUUACGUCUCUCGCACAGGAACUAAGGGCGAAAACAUCGGUGUCCAAGCCGACUCUGAUCCCGUGGAGGACCCAAUUGAUGCUGAGGUUGCAGACACCGACAAGCAGCUUGAACGGGAUGAUGCCGAAGCCAUUGACAAAGACAACAUUUUGAAGGGUGGUCGAACCAGAAAUGCCGCGAAGCCAAGUGGCACAUACGCCGAACCAGGAGAUGAAGAGGGUAUUCCUUCCAAUGAUGGCACAAGCUCAGCCAAUUAG